AUGACUCCAAAGUCAUACAGAUUUAGGAUGACUUUCCCAUUUUCUUAUAUACCAGUGUCCCCUCCCUUAAUUUUGCAAAUGAGACCCAUGAGGUGCAGAGAGACCAGGGGGCUUAAACUGGUGUCUGGGUUUGAAUUGGAUAAUAGGUCCUUUGACUCAGUUCAUCCCACUAAGAAUACAAAGAUGAGGGGGGGGGAAACUCAUGAAAUUGACCCUAAAAUUAAAAUUCACAUGAAAAUGUCUAAGAAAAUUUACCGUGUUCAUUUUUUUGAGGCAUGGAAUCUGUUAAUAUAUUUCCUGUCUGUUACUGAGAAGAAAAUCUCAUGUGAUUCCUCCUCAUGUUUCUUUUCCUUUAGUGCCAUGAAUGUUAUUUUUAAGGAAUUUUGUAUCUGGAUGCUGGCUACACAACUUUCUCAUCUCCAUGGCACUGGGGCAUAG